UGACUCAUCCGUGAACCCUUUCCUCUCGCAUUGCAUAGCCUCCAAAACCCUCUCUGCUCCUGCUUAAACCCUUGAAUAUCUAAGUCUAUUCAGUUCUCAUUUACAGUUUUAGCCAAGAUGGUCAGCGAAAGACAGAAACUAGCUCGCAAGCGAUACAAAGAAGAGCACCCAGAGUUCUUCCCAAAGCCAGAGCCGACGGCCCCGAAAGACCCGGACAAGAAGAAAAAAAAGAAGACCUUCAAGCGCAAAAAAUCAGAGUCUAAACAACCCAGGGACCCAAAUAAACCCAUUAAAAAGAGUUUCAAAAAACACCCACUUAGAGUCCCUGGCAUGAAGCCUGGGGAGAGCUGCUACAUUUGUAAAGCCAAAAACCAUAUAGCCAAACAUUGCCCUGAGAAAGCUCAGUGGGAAAAAAAUAAGAUAUGUUUGCUUUGUAGGCACCGUGGACAUAGUCUAAAGAAUUGUCCUUCUAAGAGUGAAGAGACUGAGAGCAAGAAGAUGUGUUAUAAUUGCGGCAAAACUGGGCAUUCACUUGCACAAUGUCCCCAACCACUUCAAGAUGGUGGAACAAAAUUUGCCAGUUGCUUUAUCUGUAAAGAACAAGGACAUCUAAGCAAGAACUGCCCUCAAAAUACGCACGGAAUCUACCCAAAGGGUGGCUGUUGUAAGAUAUGUGGUGGUGUAACACAUUUGGCAAAAGAUUGUCCUAAUAAAGGCAACAGAAGUUCUGCCCCUACAAGAAUAGAAGCGUUUGAAGAUAUGCCAAGGGGACAGGUGACCAAAUUUGUUAGUGGUGAUGAUCUUGAUGGUGACUUUGUGAUAGAAGAAGCUUCUAGUGGUAACAAAGACAAGUCUGCAUCAAAAGUUGGUCCUGUAUCUGAUUCUAAAGAUGGUAAUGUAAAGUCAAAGAAGAAACAAGGAACCAAAGUGGUAAAUUUUGUAGGAUAUGUGGCAUCAGUAAUAUUAGGCUUGGUUAGGAAAUCAGUUCCUUUUUCAGGAAAUAGUUUUGGAUCUGUAUUCUUCUUCUCUCCAGUUCUGCUUCCUUUUCUCACUUUUAUUUUCCUCUCUUCUUCAUCAUCUUUUCCUUUCUUCAUUUCUCAUAAGGAUCCGACUGACAACAUGGCGAACGCGGCGUCUGGAAUGGCUGUGGAUGAUGAAUGUAAGCUGAAAUUUCUGGAACUAAAAGCAAAAAGGAACUACCGAUUUAUCAUCUUCAAGAUUGAAAAUCAGCAGGUUGUGGUAGAGAAACUCGGUAGCCCUGGUGACACUUACGAUGAUUUUAGUGCAUCUCUUCCUGCUGAUGAAUGCCGCUAUGCCGUCUUUGACUUUGAUUUCAUUACUAGUGAGAACUGCCAGAAAAGCAAAAUUUUCUUCAUUGCCUGGUCACCUGAUUCAUCAAAGGUGAGAAUGAAAAUGGUGUAUGCAAGCUCCAAGGACAGAUUCAAAAGGGAAUUGGAUGGGAUUCAAUUUGAGUUGCAAGCAACGGAUCCUAGUGAGAUGAGCCUUGACAUUGUAAAAGGGCGAGCAUUUUAGUGGAAUUAAGCUGCCAUUUUUCUCUUUCCUUUUUUCCUUAACAAUUACGUCUUGAGAGAUGUUUUUCAUUCUUCUUUCAGAAAUUGCUUCUUACAUUUUCUUUUGUCUUAUGGGUUUUAUACUAUGUAGU